AUAUCAAUAUGGCUGCAGAUUUUUCCAGGAAGGAAGUUUAAUAUUUUAUUUGGAGCAUUCAACGCAAUUUUUAAGUUUUAAUUUACAACGCUAGAUAGUUUUUAAUGCAAGGAUUGAGAGGUUUUGUGUAAAUAUGUGGAACGAGUCUGGCGAGUUAAGCGAUACUAAUUCUGCCACAAGUGACACUUACCGAAGUCUGUCGAGUUAUCACUCCCAAGGCGAAAUGACAGGUACAGUUCUGGGCAAGGUAUGUAUGUUGUGCUUGUGUUUUUAUGACCCUGAGUAUUAUUAUUUCGGUGAUGAAUUGAGGUUUAAAAUAUUGAGCUAGCUUGUAUUAAGGAAAUAACUAUUUGCAACAUAUUUUUCAAACAUAUCAAUAUCAUAUGACCUGUCAUACUGUGUGAUAAAUUAUAUGCAAUAUAUAUUUAAUAACAAAUAUAAUAUAUUUUCCGCGUUGAUAUACAGUUAUAUCAACACGAGUGGGAAUUGGGAAAACGAGAAAUUGUGUUAGCCAAUCAGCGUUCAGAAUUUACAAAUGCUAUAUAAAAAAUGCAAUUAUCACAUACUAAUUUAUCAAGGCGACAUAAAAACGAUAUGUCAUAUCACCCUGACGAAGGAACGAGUAUAUAAUAAACAGGUUAUCAUGAUUGGGAUGAGGCAAUUUCAGUUUUAUCAUUUCAGUACGAUAUCAUAAAUGUCCCUUAAUUGUUCUUGCACUCACUCAUGACAUGAUAUAUAAUCUCCUCAAGCGAUAAAACUAAUAUUGCUUCAUCCCUCUUACAAUAACCUAUACCAGUACUUAUAUAUACAACCUAUGCACCAAUGAGCUCACAUUCUCUUGCUAAUUUGUGUAUGAUUCAUUAUUUAGACCAAAACCUUGGCUGGUCUUGAUCGAAAAGAAUGGAUAUUUUUAAUCCUGUGUGUUUCUUGUCUGGUGGCAACCAUUGGAUUUACGCUACACACCCUGAUAGUGAGGCUUCACCCUCAUUCUUCCGAUUAUAUAUUUGCAGUUUUAUUGCUCUUUAAUGCAGGUAAACUCAUCAAUCCCAAAAGAUAUAGCCUAGCAAUUUGAAUUGUGUUUCUCAUCUAUCCGAAAGGUUGUUUAGGGCCAGUGCGAAAUGUUCAAAGGGGGCUCCUAUGAUGUCAUAUUUGUAAAAUGGGGGGAAGCAUUGUUUUAAAUUUAUUACACUUUAUUACAUAUUAUCCGGCUCUAACGUGGAUAGGAUUUAUAUUCUCAGUUAAGCAAUCUUGUAUCAAGAAGUUUUAAGGGCCUUUGUUGCUUUGUGGCCCUUUUUGAGCUAGGUGCCUAGGACAAAGUUGGCAGCCUUGUAUAUUAUUACCACUUAUAGACCUCUUUGAGAGUACCAUUGUUUCUGGUAGCUAGUCGCAUUCUCAAAAUAAAGUAGAUUUUCAUGACUAUCUAUAUUUCUAGCAUUCUGUCUAUUUUAUACCAUCCAUGGUGUUUUGCGAGAGAGAGAGUUUGAACUCUACUGUCUUAUAUUGGCCAUUCUCAUUGUCUCUGUCUAUGUUAUUGUGAAUUUUGGAUUGACGUUUCCACAAUCACCAUCCAAGAUUAAGUGGGUAAGCAUACGGUAACAUAGGUGUACGGGAAGGAAAAAAUUAGGA